UGGGUUUAUUUUUGGUCUACCCGGGUGAGAAAAUACGCUGGGGGAACGCCGUGAUUUAAAAAGAAAGGACGGGUGGAAUAGCGACCUGAUUUCGGAUCUGACUCGCUCGUGAGAACCAUCUUCCCUUGGCUUUUGAGUUUGUGAGGUGUUAACCCAUCAAAAUCAAUCACAAUGUGUGACGAUGAUGUUGCCGCGUUGGUUGUUGACAACGGAUCCGGAAUGUGCAAAGCCGGAUUCGCUGGGGAUGAUGCUCCCCGAGCUGUGUUCCCAUCCAUUGUCGGUCGCCCAAGACAUCAGGGUGUCAUGGUCGGUAUGGGUCAAAAGGACAGCUAUGUCGGUGAUGAGGCUCAGUCCAAGCGAGGUAUUCUCACCUUGAAAUACCCGAUUGAGCACGGAAUUAUCACCAACUGGGAUGACAUGGAGAAGAUCUGGCAUCACACCUUCUACAAUGAACUCCGAGUUGCACCAGAGGAACACCCAAUUCUCCUCACUGAAGCUCCUCUCAACCCAAAAGCCAACAGGGAAAAGAUGACUCAAAUCAUGUUUGAAACUUUCAACAGCCCUGCCAUGUAUGUCGCCAUCCAAGCUGUCUUGUCCCUCUACGCUUCCGGUCGUACCACCGGUAUCGUGUUGGACUCUGGAGAUGGUGUUUCUCACACCGUCCCAAUUUAUGAAGGUUACGCCCUUCCCCAUGCCAUCCUCCGUUUGGACUUGGCUGGUCGAGACCUCACUGACUACCUCAUGAAAAUCCUCACCGAGCGUGGUUACUCUUUCACCACCACUGCUGAGCGAGAAAUCGUGCGAGACAUCAAGGAAAAGUUGUGCUAUGUUGCUCUUGACUUUGAACAAGAAAUGGCCACUGCCGCCGCCUCCACCUCUCUGGAAAAGUCAUACGAAUUGCCUGAUGGACAAGUUAUCACCAUCGGAAACGAACGUUUCCGUUGCCCAGAGGCCCUCUUCCAACCUUCCUUCUUGGGAAUGGAAUCUUGCGGAAUCCACGAGACCGUCUACAACAGCAUCAUGAAGUGCGACGUUGAUAUCCGAAAGGACCUCUACGCCAACACGGUCUUGUCCGGUGGUACCACCAUGUACCCUGGUAUUGCUGACAGAAUGCAAAAGGAAAUCACUGCCUUGGCUCCAUCCACGAUUAAGAUCAAGAUCAUUGCUCCCCCAGAGCGAAAAUACUCCGUCUGGAUCGGAGGAUCCAUCUUGGCUUCCUUGUCCACCUUCCAACAGAUGUGGAUCUCCAAGCAAGAGUACGACGAGUCAGGCCCAGGCAUCGUUCACCGAAAAUGCUUCUAAACUAUCAUCACAUUUUAAAUACUGUUCAACUACAUCUCUUAUUAUUAUACUACUAUCUAUCUACUUACUAUUGCAACACAACACCACCGCAACACCUGUCUACGUCAACAGCAACAUCCGAAAUAAAAUUUCCAUCAUCUACUAAACAUUGUUCACGCUCAUCAUCAGGCGUCAUAAAAAAGAACAAUUCACCAUCCGAAUCUUUGAAUAGUAAAUAUCAUCAGACGAAAAAAGAGCAAGAAGAGCAAUCAGCAUUAUCAUCAAUAACAACCGUUACCAGCAAUUUUUAUGUAAAAAAGAAAUACCAACACUACCACAAACAUGAUUUCCAUCAUGAGUAACCACUCUUUGUUAAUUAUUAUUGUAAUAAUUUUAUUGUAAUCUUAUUUGUUCAGCUAUAAUUUCAUAUUCUACCCGAAUGUGGUAAUUGUGUUGAAUACUCGACAAUCUCAAACACAAUCUCAUUCAUGUUUAUUGUACUUGUGGUUUUACGGCUACCGGAAUAAUACAACACUACCAUCAUCA